UUAAGUCGGCCCUGGGUCCUGAAUGCGCACGCACUGUGCACUCACCGGGCCCAACGCUUCCGGUUCUCUGCUGGCUCCUCCCUCCGGGAGGGGGUCGGCGAAAUAGCCAAUUAUCGCCGGGGUUGGAGGACGCCUCCCCCGCGAGCGUUUGUGGGCGACGGCCUUCCUGGAAUGGGGCAGUCCUACUCAGACUUUUCCCUGCCCCCACUUGACUGACUGCAUUUGUUCUGGAGUAGACAAGCCAGUGAAUCCCUGCUCUCCUGUUCUAUUGGCCUUGGCCCUGGCAUUUAUCACACUAAUGCCUCCUCCUCUCUCUCCUCCCCUGGCACUGCCUCUUGCCUCUGGCUCCACCCCACAGCCCUGGACACAGUACACACAGCCCAGAGCUUGGGCUCCAAGGGAAACAAAAGGAACUGCCUGGAUUCCCAUGGCUAUGGCCAGCACCUUCAUACCAGGGCUGAACCCCCAGAACUCUCAUUAUAUCCCAGGGUACACCGGACACUGCCCACUACUUCAAUUCAGCAUGGGCCAGACCUAUGGGCAGAUGACUGGUCAGCUACUUCGAGGAGUUCCUGGUCUGGCCUGGCCCCCUGCCCAUCGCACACUUCUGCCUCCCAUCCAGCCUCCACGAUCUCCUAAGGUUCCCAGGAGAAGCCUGCCUGUCAGGCGUGGGCAUGAAAGGCUCAGCUCCACCAUGAUCCCAGGGUACACAGGUUUUGUACCCCAGGCACAGUUCAUCUUUGCCAAGAACUGUAGUCAGGUCUGGGCUGAGGCUCUGAAUGAUUUCACUCAGUGGUCUGGGGGACAAGGGAGUCAAGAGCUGCCAAAGGAAGCAAAGGGAGAAAAAGACGUGGGGAAAGACCAAGAACCAAAGCCAGAGUCAGAGCUGGAGUCAGAGAAAGAGCCUGAGCCGGGGCAAGAGGCAGAACAAGCUUCCCCCUAUUCCAUGGAUGACAAAGAUCCUCACAAGUACUUCAUGCCAGGCUUCACUGGUUAUGUGCCCCGGGCCCGCUUCCUCUUCGGCUCCAGCUUUCCUGUUCUCACCAACCGGGCACUGCAGGAAUUUGGACAGAUGUAUUCAGGGGACAGACCCCAGAAGGAUCCCAAACAUCUCCCCCCACUUUCUAGGACCUACCCUCAGAACCUGGGCCUGUUACCUAAUUAUGGGGGUUAUGUGCCAGGGUAUAAGUUCCAGUUCGGUCGCACAUAUGGGCAUCUCACCCAUGAUGCACUGGGCCUCAGCACCCUCCAGAAGCAGCUCCUGGUAUAGGUACCUGGACUUCAAGUUUUCUCUUCCCUUUCUUCCUAUCCCAGCCAUCUUUUUGCAAUGAAGAGAGGUGGGCCCCAGGGUGGGGGGAGGCACAAAGAAAAAUGGUUUGGAGGCCGAGCACCUUUUUUAUUAAUAGGUGUAAUAAAUAAAUAAAUAAAUACAUAAACAGAA